GCCCAAGUGCAGAGGGUGGCUGCCCGGUCAGUGUGUGCAGGACAUAAGACGACUUCCAGACCCGCUGUCCAGGUGGGAGAGGAGCGGCCGAGGACUCCAGCGUGUCCAGGUUCCGAUGCCUGCCACCUGCUACUACUGACCCCAGGAAGAUGGCCGGUCCGUGGACCUUCGCCCUCUGUGGUUUGCUGGCAGCCACCUUGGUCCGAGCCACCCUCAGCCCCGCUGCGGUUCUCAGCCUCAGCCCAGAAGUCAUUGAAGGAAAGCUGACACAGAAGCUGAAGGACCACGAUGCUGUCGACAUCCUCUGGCGGCUGCCGCUGCUCAGCACCAUGCGGGAGAAGCCGGCUGGGGGCAACCCCAUUCUAGGCAGCCUGGUGACCUUCCUCAUGAAGUAUAUCAUCUGGCUGAAAGUCACCUCAGCCAACAUCCUCCAGCUGCAGAUACAACCUUCAGCCGACGGCCAGGAGCUGGUGGUCAAGGUCCCCCUAGACAUGGCAGCUGGAUUCAACAUGCCCCUGGUCAAGAGUAUUGUGGAGAUGCACAUGGAGACGGAGGCCCAGGCCAUCAUCCGAGUGGAGACCAGCGAGAGGGGCGGCACUCUCGUCCUCCGCAACUGCUCCAACAGUCAGGGGAGCCUGCGCCUCAGCCUGCUCCGUCGCUUCUCCUUCCUGGUCAACUCCUUAGCCGACAAGGUCAUGAGCUUCCUGCUGCCAACCCUGCCCACGCUGGUGAAAAGCCAGCUGUGUCCCGUGAUCGAGGCAGCCUUUGAGGACAUGCGUGAGGACCUCCUGCACCUGGUGAGGGCAGUGCCCGUUUCCCUCAGCUCUGACCACCUGCAGUUUGACCUUCUGUCUCCUGCCAUCAAGCAUGAUGUCAUCCAGCUCCACCUGCAGGCCAAGUUGUCGGACUCACAGGGAAAAGUGACCAAGUGGUUCAAUGAGUCUGCAGUCUCCCUGACGAUGCCCACCCUGGAAGGCGAACCUUUCAGCCUCACCAUAAGGCAGGAUGUGGUGAAUGCUGCAGUCGCUGCCUUGGUCCCUCCGGAAGAACUCAUGGUCCUGUUGGACUAUGUGCUUCCUGAGCUGGCCCUCCGGCUAAAGUCGAGCAUUAAGGUGAUCAAUGAAAAGGCUGCAGAUCAGCUUGGACCCACACAGAUCGUGAAGAUCGUAACUCAGGAGACCCCAGAGCUCCUUCUGGACCAGGGCAGAGCCAAGGUGGCCCAGUUGAUUGUGCUGGAAGUGUUUGCCACCAGUGAAGUCCGCCGCCCCUUCUUCACCCUGGGCAUCGAAGCCAGCUCGGAAGCGCAGUUUUACACCAAAGGUGACCAACUUGUGCUCAACCUUAAUGAAAUCAGCGCCAAUCGAAUCCACCUAAUGAACUCCGGCAUUGGCCUGUUCGACCCUGAACUUCUGAAAGACAUCACCGCUGAGAUGCUCACCUCCGCCCUGCUGCCGAAUGAAAACGGCAAAUUAAGUUCUGGGAUCCCAGUGUCAAUGGUGAAGGCCUUGGGAUUCGAGGCAGCCUCAUGUUCUCUGACCAAUGAUGCCCUCGUGGUCACCCCGGCCUCCUCGUAGAACCCCGGACCACUCUCCUCUCUCCCAGUGAAGACUUGGACGGUGGCCAUCCAGGGCGGGCUGGGUCCCAGUGGGAGCGUGGGAGCCAACUCUGUAGACUGCCCCUCUGCGGAAAAUAAACACUUGCCUGUGA